GAGCAGCCACAUCUCUUCAUUCUCCUUCCGCGUCGCCGGCGCGACCAGCCGCGUGCGACGAACAUCGCGACGCGUUCGUCCUUUUCCCGUUGGCGAGUCGACGCGCUACAUUGCCGCUUAGGGUCGAGUCUAGCGCCAGGACACUCCAGCAUUCGCGUCGGGUGCAGCAUAUUCCGCGCUCCACGGUCCGCGCAGCCUGGUGCUGCGUCGUCCGCGCGCCAGUUGACGUAACGCGCGCCAGUAACGACAGACGCCCGCCGUGCCUCAGUCUGACCAAUCGUCAAUAUGCCGGGCCUCAAUCUAACCGGUCUCUCCCGCGCGUCCUCCAGACGCCCCUCCGCGCGGAGGCGCAAGGCGGGGGCGCGGGAGGGCGGGGUGGUGCUGCCGGUGCGGGCGCUGGUGGCGCUGUGUGUGGCGUGCAUGGUGUUCGUGCUGCUGGCCGUGCUGGCUGUGCUACUGUGGGUUGUAUCCCUCUCGUGGCGGCAUCAGCAGCUGGCCACCACUCUUGCACACUCCAAUGCUGCUGCUGCUGCUGCUGCUGCUGGCGCGGGGAGGGUUGAGCGCAGGAGCGGCU